AUGGCUCCCAAGUCGACGCGCGAUGUCAUCACGUGGCACGCCUACAUGUCCGGUAUCAAGGCGGGGUCCAUGACCGGAGUGGUUGCUGGCGCGGUGGUGCUGUCGGCGAACAAGUACUGGCCUGCGUUCCGCGCCCGACUCGGUGUGAGUGGCAAGACGGCGUUGGCCCUGACGCCAGUCAUGGCCGUCUUCUCCUUCGUGUCAGAGAACCGCAUGCUGGCAGGCGCUCGCAACCCGCAGAUGUACCUGGCCUCCAUCGACCCCAACUUUGUCGAGCUGCGGCUCGCUGAAGGUGUACCAGCACGACGGUGUACCAGCACACUGGUACACCUUCAGCCCACCGUCGCCAGCACGACGGUGGGCGUGCCACUCGUGGGCGGCAUCUUCGCGUACCAGAGCUUGAACACGUCGAUCCAGCGCUCGCAGCAGAUCAUGCACACGCGCAUCUACGGGCAGACGGCGGUGGUGGCGCUGCUUCUGGGCUCGAUGGCGUUCAGUGACUACAUGAAGAAGCGCGGCAGAGGAAGCGGAGACGCAAGACGAGUAGAUUUUGGACUGGUUUCGAGGUGA